AUGAACGGUGAGAAGAAGGUGACUGUCGAUUAUUUUCGACUUGCCGGCGUUACGGUAUGCGUAUCAUCAACCCUUACUAUUCUAAUUGCCAUUGGUUGCUUCAUCGAUCUUCACAGUUCAAUUGGGAAUAUUGAGGAUGAGAUUAUUGCAAGGCAAGCUUCUUUCAAGGCAAAAUCUCAAAUGAUUUGGGCUGAGUUGAUGGAAACUGGAAGAACAAUUCGAGUUCCGAGAUCGGCAAUAUUUGGUGAUGACAAGAAAGGGGUUCUUCAUCAGUGUAGCCAGUGUACUCGCUUGCAUUGUCCUCAAGGUGCCAUUGGAGAGGAAGGACCACCUGGACAGGAUGGAAGUCCUGGAAUGCCAGGCAAACCAGGAUCUCCUGGACUUGAUGGAAGCGACGUUGAGCUUGAACCACAAGACGAACUGCCUUGUUCGAUCUGCCCAGCAGGACCACAAGGACCACGCGGCGCCCAGGGUGAACGUGGUCUUCCCGGACGGCAGGGUCAUAAAGGGCAGGCUGGUCACUCGGGAAAACCUGGUCAUCCCGGAGGAAUCGGUGCCACUGGAUCACGUGGACAGAAUGGCAAUCCAGGAACUCCAGGACCUAAAGGGCCACCAGGAGAUACUAUUAUUGCGGGCGAAGGCGUUAAAGGGCCGCCAGGAAUGGCGGGAAGCCAAGGGCCAAAAGGACCACCAGGAACUCCAGGAAGACCAUCGAACAUUCGAGGACCGCCCGGAAAGCCAGGAACUAUUGGAGCUAUUGGAGCAACUGGAAAAUAUGGCGCAUUCGGAGAACCGGGAAUUAUCGGAGCUCCAGGGGAACCUGGAUUACCAGCAACAUACUGUCCUUCGGAUUGUGGAGUCAAUACAAUCUUGUCGCAAUUCGGAGCUCAAAAGCCCGACUCGAUUAAUGGCGAAACAGCUCCACCAGCUGCUUAUCCACAAGAAUCUGAGCAACCGGCUCAACAACCACAAAUCGAGGAUGCCCCAGCUGAUCAAUCAUUCGAAGAGACAUCAUACCGCAACUUUUUUUUCCGUGAAUAA